UUGGCUAAACUGGAUCUUCUUCCGUUUGGUUCCGUUUUGUUUGUGUUGUCAGUUGUCAGUUGUCAUUUUGUCGCUUGGCGGAUCGCAGAUUUGCCGCCAUUCGCCAUUGCCGCUUCCAUUUCUCCAUUUUUAUAAGCUCCCGUGAACUUUUGUGAGUUAUAAAAUGGCCGAACCUGAAGAUCUUCUCGACUAUGAAGAUGAAGAACCAACCGAACAAACGGCAACCGAAACCACAGCCGAAACAAAAAAAGGUGUAAAAGGUUCUUACGCCUCAAUUCACAGUUCAGGAUUUAGAGAUUUUUUGUUAAAACCAGAAAUUUUGAGAGCUAUUGUAGAUUGUGGUUUUGAGCAUCCAUCUGAAGUACAACAUGAAUGCAUUCCCCAGGCUGUUCUUGGAAUGGAUAUUCUUUGUCAAGCAAAAUCUGGUAUGGGAAAAACAGCUGUUUUUGUUUUGGCCACUUUGCAACAACUUGAACCGACCGAAAAUGUUGUGUAUGUUCUCGCGAUGUGCCAUACGCGUGAGCUAGCUUUUCAAAUCAGCAAAGAAUAUGAAAGGUUUAGCAAAUAUAUGCCCAACAUCAAAGUUGGUGUAUUCUUUGGAGGAAUGCCCAUUCAAAAAGAUGAAGAAGUUUUGAAGAAUAAUUGUCCUCAUAUUGUUGUCGGAACGCCUGGACGUAUUUUGGCCCUAGUAAGAUCGAAAAAGCUGAAUCUAAAACAUUUGAAGCAUUUUAUUCUUGACGAAUGCGAUAAGAUGCUCGAAGUGCUAGAUAUGAGACGUGAUGUUCAAGAAAUCUAUAGAAAUACACCACAUGGCAAGCAAGUUAUGAUGUUCAGCGCCACACUAAGUAAAGAGAUUCGUCCAGUGUGCAAGAAAUUUAUGCAAGAUCCUAUGGAAGUUUAUGUUGAUGAUGAGGCUAAACUCACUUUACAUGGCCUUCAACAGCAUUACGUUAAGUUAAAAGAAAAUGAAAAAAAUAAGAAGUUAUUUGAAUUACUUGAUGUGUUAGAAUUUAACCAGGUUGUUAUUUUUGUGAAGUCCGUACAAAGAUGCGUCGCAUUGGCUCAACUUUUAACUGAACAGAAUUUUCCAGCCAUCGGUAUCCACAGAGCAAUGGAUCAGAAAGAGAGAUUAUCACGAUACGAACAGUUUAAGGAUUUUCAAAAAAGAAUUCUUGUCGCCACUAACCUUUUCGGACGAGGAAUGGAUAUUGAAAGAGUCAAUAUUGUAUUUAAUUAUGACAUGCCAGAAGAUUCAGACACAUAUUUACAUAGAGUAGCCAGAGCAGGACGGUUUGGUACAAAAGGAUUAGCAAUAACAUUUGUGUCUGAGGAAAGUGACGCUAAAAUUUUAAAUGAAGUUCAAGACAGAUUCGAUGUAAAUAUUACAGAACUUCCUGACGAAAUAGACCUCAGUUCUUAUAUUGAAGGACGAUAAACUUUUUAUACCAUCAUUGUUGUAAGAGUUGUAUGAUUAUUUUCUGUAUGAUGUAAUUUUAAUUAAUGAAAUAAGAUUUACUUUUAAUAAAACACUUUAGAAUAUACUGUUUACACAGAUUGACAAAAAAUGUUAAUAAAUAGUGGAGAACUGAA